UCUCUCACCCCUUCCUCUGUUGAAAACUGAAGCAGACGGCAGAUCUUAAUCCCCACAACCGCCAUCAUGACACCUCCCUUCCCUUCUUUUUUCACCCCUCUCUCUCUCUCUCUCUCUCUGUGUUUUCAAUAAUUUAUGAAUUAGAUUUCUGGGUCAGCGUGGGCUUUGUUGUCUUCUGGGUUUCUGAUUCCGAAGAAGAUAUGAUGGAAUAGCCUUUUCUGACCGUAAUCAUUCAUUCUUACGCUACCCCCCUCGCACUCCCUUAAAAAAAACACACACACAGAGACAGCGGAGCAACAGCAGCACAGUGCUUGCCUAUCCUUGAGCAAGAAUCCAUGCACUGAUUGAAGAACUCAAAGCCGAAAUCAUUAGGGGCAGCUCUCCUCCUCCUCCUCUUAAGUUAAAGAUUGAGGAGGAAGUUCCGAGGUUGCCCUUCUGAUUAGGUUCGGUUAACGUAAGAGGUUCGGCUACCGCGGUUACAGUUCAUUUGCUUCACCGUCCAUUUCGCUGGACAAAAAAAUAUAUUGUUGGAAGAAUACUGAUUAAGAGAUCGAGGAGAAGGAAAUUUUAGUAUUAUGGGCUCUUUCAGGGGUCAUGCUUUACCGGGGACGCUGUUCCUUCUGGUGGGUGUGUGGCACUUAUGGAGUUGUCUGGUGAGAUACGUUUCGAACCCGAAGUCAUACAGGGUUCGGGUUUGGCACCCUGUGCCAGGGUUCAAUGGGAAGCUCAAGCACUUGGAGCUUUAUGUUAUAGCAGUCGGUGCUUUCAUUGAUAUGUGUAUCGAGCUCCUCUACUCGCCCCAUCUAACGAUAUUCGUUAAUGGGGUAUUGAACCCCCGUCACAUGAAUGAUUUUGAGCACUCGGGUAUGCUCCUCAUGUUCUUCAUCUUUGGGGCCGUGACUCUGCUCUCGGUGAAGACCAGUUUUCUUCCAUUGCCGGAAGGAGCCCUGUGCCUAAUUGCUGCUGCCGCCUUCUCUUCGGAGUACCUUCUCUUCUACUUCCACUCAACGAGCCACAAGGGCCUUGAAGGCUAUUACCACCUCCUCCUCGUCCUCCUUGUUGGCGUCUGCAUUGCCUCUAUCCUGGCCGGCACCAUUCUCCCGGACAGCUUCCCUGCCGACCUGUGCAGUGGGGCAGCAAUCGCCCUUCAGGGCUUAUGGUUCUACCAGACUGCCUUCGUCCUCUACGGUCCCAUGAUGCCUGAGGGCUGCCGCCUCAAAGGGAAUGACAUUGUGUGCAGAUCAACCGAGAGCGAGACCCGCGGAGAGCUCCUUGCUAACUUUCAGCUUUUCGGGCAAGUACUUGGUGUCCUCUCUCUGGCAGUGGCAUUCUACUGGUUCGCAGCGAGGAGGUUCGGGCACUCCGAGCUACAGAGCUUGCUGAUGUCGGAAGAGGAAGGGUUAGAUUAAUUAGCUGAUUCUCUUUUCCGUCUUUAAGGUAAAUUUUAGUUUUGUUAUUUCGAUGAUGAUUUCAUUCAUUGGUCGUGAGCUCAUAAUGUAAUAAAUCGGGCAUCUCGGAUGGAUGUUGAGAUGAUCUUUUUCUAGCUUUCCACUAUGUAUAGAACGUUAGCACCAGCUUUCUGUGUUGCUGAAGAUGUAGGGAAGAUUGAUAGCAGCGUAAGACAUUUCGUAAAAGCUUGUCUUUUAAAUUUUAUUUAUUUAUUUAUUCUUGCCGAGAAGACUAUGUUUUUACUUC